AUGUCGCCAACGGAGCAGCCGUCGCCGCGUGUCAGUGCGUAUUUAAUUGAUGCAUCGCAACGAAUUGAAUUCAUUGCCAAACUCUUCCUUGCUGCCACUUUUGCCUUGGUCGCCUUCGUUGCGGCUGACGUCAGCCAUUUGUCGAGGACAUACUUGCCACCAGCUGCCAACUACGGCGGUCCUUCUUACUCUUCGGGUGGUAGUGGUGGCUCAUACUCCUCAGGUGGUUCAGCAGGUGGUUCAUAUUCGUCAGGUGGGGCUGCUGGUGGCUCAUACUCUUCUGGAGGCUCAGGAGUUGGUUCCUACUCCUCAGGUGGUGCCGGUUCUUCUUACUCUGCCCCAUCUGAUGAAUACUUGCCACCAUCGCAAAGUUACUCUCCACCCGCUCCAGUUUACUCUGCUCCUGCACCAGCUCCAGCACCAGUAUACUCUGCACCUGCCCCAUCUCCUGUCUACUCGGGUCCAUCAUAUUCUUCAGGCGGAAGCGGUGGCGGUCACUACAGCGGCGGUGCUGGUGGUUCUUACACUAGCGGUGGUUCUUCCGGCUACUCUGCCCCGGCUCCUGCUCCAGUGUACUCUGCUCCAGCUCCAGUGCACUCUGCUCCUGCUCCAGCUCCAGCUCCAGUCUACUCGGCACCAGCCCCAGCACCGGUAAAUUCUGCCCCGGCUCCUGCUCCAGUGUACUCUGCUCCUGCUCCAGCUCCAGCUCCAGUCUACUCGGCACCAGCCCCAGCACCGGUAUAUUCUGCACCAGCUCCUGCUCACGUUUCCUCAGGUCCAUCAUAUUCCUCGGGCGGUAGUGAUGGUGGUUAUUCUUACCCAAGCAGCGGCUCAGCUGGUUUGUCUGGUGGAGCUGAUGGCGAUUAUUCCGGCUACUCUGGUCCAGCACCUGCUCCAGUGUACUCUGCUCCCGCUCCAGCACCAGUGUACUCUGCACCUGCCCCAUCUCCUGUCUACUCGGGUCCAUCAUAUUCUUCAGGCGGAAGCGGUGGUGGUCACUACAGCGGCGGUGCUGGUGGUUCUUACUCCAGCGGUGGUUCUUCCGGGUAUUCUUCAGGCGGAAGCGGUGGUGCUGGAUACUCUGCUCCCAGCUAUUCAUCAGGUGGUUCAUCCCACUCGUCGGGCGGCUCAUCAUACUCUGGUGGCAAUGCUGGCACCCAGUAUGCUUCCAACGGGGGUUACAUCUACAGAAAGAAGUAA